AUGGCAAACAAUCAACUACCAAUUAGUAUUGGCUCAGAAAAAGAGGGCAAUUUUAUACAUGCAAUGCAAUUAUUGUCAUCAUCAGUACUUCCCUUUGUGUUGCAUUCAACAAUUGAAUUGGAUGUAUUUGAGAUCUUAGCCAAAGCUAAUGAUACUCAACUUUCUUCUUCUCAAAUUGUUUCUAAAAUGCCUUGCAACAACCCUAUUGAUGCAGCCAAUAUGUUAGACAGAAUGCUUUAUGUGUUGGCUACUUAUUCUUUGCUCACUUGCUCCAUUAAUAAUAAUAAUGUUAGAAUCUAUGGUCUGUCACCAGUGGGAAAGAUGUUUGUUAGUGAUAAUGAAGAUGGUGCAUCUUUGGGGACACUAUUGGCUUUGCUUCAACAUAAAGUAGUCAUUAACACCUGGUUUGGAUUAAAGGAUACAGUUCUUGAAGGAGGAUUUUCAUUUGAGAGGAUACAUGGUGUAAAUUUAUUUGAAUAUCAAAAGACGGAUCCCGAAUUAAGUGAUGUUUUCAACAAGGCAAUGAUUAGUCAUACAACUUUGGUGAUGAAAAAUAUACUUGACACCUACAAGGGUUUUGAAAACAUCAAGACUUUGAUUGACGUGGGAGGUGGUCUUGGAAUAAACCUCAACAUGAUUACAUCUAAAUACCCAACUAUUAAGGGCACUAAUUUUGAUUUACCUCAUGUUGUUCAACAUGCCCCAUUCUAUGAAGGGGUGGAACACAUUGGAGGAGAUAUGUUUGAAAAUGUUCCACAAGGAGAUGCUAUUUUUAUGAAGUGGAUUCUUCAUAACUGGAGUGAUAGUCAGUGCGUGAAGUUACUGAAGAACUGCUAUAAAGCUACACCGGCAGAAAAUGGGAAAGUGAUAGUUGUUGAGGCCAUUCUACCAGUGAAACCUGAUCAUAUCCAUAGCUCUGUGGUUAUUUCACAAUUUGAUUUGAUAAUGUUAGCUCAAACUCCGGGAGGCAAAGAGCGUUCGCAACACAAAUUUCGAUCCCUCGCAACUGAAGCUGGAUUUAAUGGAAUUAACUUUAUGUGUUGUGUUUCUAAUUUUUGGGUCAUGGAAUUUCACAAGUAGCUCUACCUUUACUAUUUCACUCUAAAUAUCAUCCAAUAAAUAAUCUUUCCAUUUAUUUGUAUUUGUCCAAUAUGUUUUCUCUAGUUUGUGUUAAGUGAGUUGUUGGACCUUUUUCAAUAGUUUGAAAUAAGUGAAUUACUCAAAGUUCAAAAAAA